UUAAGAGCAGUCUGUCCGGCCCCGCUGCCUGACAGCCACAGCCGAAAUUCAACGAUUCAUCCGAUGGCGUUUGAGAAACAAAGAUCAGUUUCACUCGUAAACGGUUUGGUUGGCGGCAGCGAUUCCAAGCUGUGUAUUCCCGAUUCGAAAAUGAAGUUGAGCUCCAGCUUUCCUCAGUCUCCAGCCACAUCCGAUGCAUUUCUUCUGUCGCUUUCCCAUAUCGGCCGAGACGAUGCAGCACUUCCCUGUGAUGCGGCAUCAUUUUAUGGAUUCUGACAUGGAUUAUGAGAGGCCAAAUGUGGAGACUAUCAAGUGUGUGGUGGUUGGAGACAACGCAGUUGGAAAGACCCGGCUUAUCUGUGCCCGGGCCUGUAAUGCGACGCUAACACAGUACCAGCUACUUGCCACACAUGUGCCCACUGUUUGGGCAAUAGAUCAGUACAGAGUCUGCCAGGAGGUUCUAGAAAGGUCCAGAGAUGUGGUGGAUGAUGUCAGCGUGUCCUUGCGUCUCUGGGACACUUUUGGUGACCAUCACAAGGACCGCAGAUUUGCGUAUGGCAGGUCUGAUGUGGUGGUGUUGUGUUUCUCCAUUGCAAACCCGAACUCGCUCCACCAUGUGAGGACAAUGUGGUACCCUGAGAUCAAGCAUUUCUGUCCCAGAGCUCCUGUUAUCCUAGUGGGCUGCCAGCUAGACCUGCGGUAUGCUGACCUGGAGGCAGUGAACAGAGCUCGCCGCCCGCUGGCCAGACCCAUUAAAUCCAAUGAGAUAUUGGCGCCAGAGAAAGGCCGUGAGGUGGCUAAAGAACUAGGCAUCCCUUAUUAUGAGACCAGCAUAGUUGCUCAGUUCGGGGUUAAGGAUGUUUUCGACAAUGCUAUCCGUGCAGCCCUCAUUUCUCGUCGUCAUCUGCAGUUCUGGAAGUCUCAUUUACGAAACGUUCAAAGGCCACUUCUCCAAGCCCCCUUCCUUCCCCCUAAGCCCCCUCCACCCAUUAUAACCGUUCCCGCCCCUCCCACUAACAUAGAAGAGCACCCUAGACGCUUGUUGGAGGACCCGUUCUGUGCCGACGUCAUCUUAGUCCUUCAGGAACGGCAGAGGAUCUUCGCUCACCGCAUCUACCUUGCCACAUCUUCCUCCAAGUUCUACGACCUCUUCUUGACUGAACCUCGGGGCCCUGAGGAGACCGAACGGGAGCGAGAACGACCCCGAGGGCCACCGAUUUCUGGCCGCGAUUUGCUGAUGCGCGCAGCUAGUUUUGACGUUUGUGAAAGUAACGGUGACAAAGAUAGAGCAAACUUGCGUGCCUGUACCAGUGAUGGAACUCUAAAAGGUGACGAAGAUCAUCGUGGUCGUCUGCUCCCUGCCUUGAGUCGUGCUUUUAUUAGCAUCCAAGAAGAAAUGGUGGAUGACCCCGUCACCAUCAACCUUAGAAAAAUGACUGUUGUGCACAUGGACCCUUCAAUGCAGCCCGGUCCAUUCCGAUCUGUGUUGCGGUACCUGUAUACAGGGAAACUAGACGAGCGGGAGAAGGAGCUAAUGCAGGUUGCCCACAUCGCAGAGCUGCUGGAAGUGUUUGACCUGCGUAUGAUGGUGGCUAACAUCCUGAACGAUGAGGCCUUCAUGAAUCAGGAGAUCUCCAAGGCCUUUCACGUGAGACGCACCAAUCGAGUGAAAGAAUGUCUGGCAAAAGGGACCUUCUCUGAUGUGGUGUUCAGAUUGGAUGAUGGCACUAUUAUGGCCCAUAAACCACUGCUCAUCUCAAGCUGUGAUUGGAUGGCAGCCAUGUUUGGUGGACCAUUUGUGGAGAGUUGUACAAAAGAGGUGCUGUUUCCAAACACUACACGGAGCUGCAUGCGUGCUGUGCUGGAGUAUCUCUAUACUGGCUGCUUCUGCUCUCGCCCAGAUCUGGAUGCCAUGGAACUCAUUGUACUUGCAAACCGUCUCUGUCUUCCUCACCUGGUAGCGCUUACAGAGCUGUACACUGUGAAAGUACUGACAGAAGCUGCCAUGAUGGGAGCUGAUAUAGAUGGAGAUGUUCUGCUCUAUCUGGACAUGGCCCAGUUCCACUGUGCUCAUCAGUUGACUGACUGGUGCCUCCAUCACAUCUGCACCAACUACAACAGAGUCUGUCGCAAAUUCCCUCGUGACAUGAAGGCCAAAUCUACAGAAAACCUGGAGCACUUUGAGAAACAUCGCUGGCCUCCGGUGUGGUAUCUGAAGGAAGAAGAUCACUACCAGCGGGCACGCAAGGAGCGUGAGAAGGAAGAUUACCUGUACCAAAAGCGUCAGUGUAAACGCAAGUGGCUCUUCUGGAAUCUACCGUCUUCACCGUCCUCCAGUUCUCCGUCUUCUCCUGGUUCCUCUGCAGUCAUCUGAUUGGCUCUCAGGGUGCACGACCCACCAAACAGCCCUAAAUGUGGGAUAUAAACACACAACAAGGAAUGAUAGCCUUUUUCAACUCUAUAAGAUUACCUAUUCACAUUUUCUGUUAAGCAAAAUGCUCAAGCCCUGCUUUUAGCUGCUGAAGAACAAGCAAAAAUGAAACAGGAUAGAGAACAUAAGUAAAAGCAACACAAGGCUUUGACUAAAAGCACAUUGUUGAGUCUUUCUACUUUACUGGUUGGAUUUUUCAUCAAAUCACGUCAGCUUUGACGUCCUCCUGUGACAUAAUUUCCUGCGGUGGUAGACUGCUGCUCAAUUUGCUGUUUAAAGACAAUCUUCGCUCAGCAUCGGUUCCCCAAACAUAACCAUAUCUUCAUCUGUAUAGAAAAAUACAUGGCAGGACUGCACAUAUUCAUAACUUGAAAUCCUAAUAAGUGCUUUUCAGCUCUAAAGGACGAGAACACAGGAACGUUUUAGAGCAACCAGCAAACACGAAUUCCUCAUUGUUUUCGUAAUCUACAAUCAAACCACCUCAACAGACCGACGUUCUCAACAUUCAAAUGGUGUCCACCGUUCAACAUCUAAAGGUAUUAUUAAUAUGACAUUUAAAGGUUGGUGGUUCAUGGACGGCCGCGUGUGGACGUGACUCCACAGAACCAGAUCAGUCCAUAGCCAUGUUGUGGUUCAGUGUGAGUUAAGCUCCGUUGAUAACAUCUGGCAUAAAGUUGCUUAACACAGAAAAUGAUAAUCGUUGGUACUUUAAGGCAUUUACAAUGGAAAUAUACAGGGCCAGGAAAUAAACAUUAAAAAUGCACACUACAGACAAAGUACAAGACUUAAAGUUGCAGUGAAGUAGCAACAGAUAUUUUCUUCUGUAUUGAGACACAUCUGAGUGAAACGGAUUACUGAAAAAAAGAAAAAAAAAGUAGGGCAGGGUUCUAGGGUCUAGGCAUUGGCUCUUAAUUGGAUGGAGGCAAAUAUUAAUGACGAUGUUGCAGCAGUAAAUCUUACACUACAAUAAAAAAGAGCC